ACGAAAGAUUGAAAGUCAAUUUUAACAAUGGAAUCUUCAAGUUGGAGAGACGUUACAUCUACACAGUCUGUUUGUGAAGAAACUUUUGUCAAGGAUUACACAGAAGCAGAAGCUGAGGAAUAUUUAAAGUUUAUGGAUAAUAGAAAAAAAAUGGAAGAAGAUAAAGUCUAUGGAGAAUGCAGUUAUCCUUAUGGUCCACAAUCUAACAACGAUUCAUCUAUUGUGGCCAUAAAGGAUGAAAUAUUAUCGACAAUCGAGACAAAUGCCGUAAUCGUCAUUCGAGGACCAACCGGUUGUGGAAAAACCACUCAGAUUCCACAAUUUAUUCUCGAUGCAAAUAUUACAAAGAGGCUUGAUUGCAACGUUAUAGUUACGCAAUCAAGACGAAUCGCCGCGAUAAGCAUUGCCAAAAGAGUGUGUCAUGAGAGAGGUUGGCGUCUUGGCACCCUCGUGGGCUACAAAGUGGGUAUGCAACAAAAAGUCUCACCGGAAACCCGUUUAACUUAUUGCACCACCGAAAUUCUCCUGCAACAUUUGAUUCGUCAAAAACAUUUGUUGGACUAUACGCACAUUAUAUUGGACGAAAUUCACGAACGUGAUCAAAAUUUGGAUUUUCUUUUACUUGUGAUUAAAAGAUUAUUACAAACAAAUUCCAAACAAGUUAAAAUUAUUCUCAUGUCGGCAACAAUCGACGUAACGAAAUUUGCGAGAUACUUUUCUACAAAAGUAGAAAACACGUUACGUCCAGCGCCAGUUAUCGAGAUAUCCGAAAAAAGAAAUUUUCAGAUUCGUACGUAUUACUUGGACGAGAUAAACGAUAUGGGAAAUAUACCAAAAGUAUCCGUCGUGGAACCAAAAGUCACUCAAAGAAUGCGAGAGAUUUGCUCAUUUAUUAUCAAUAGUCUAGAUGACAUUGAUGAGAAUGAUAACGAAGAAGACUCAAUGCCGCCUCAGAGACAUGCCGUUCUCAUAUUUUUACCAGGAAUUUACGAAAUUGAGGAAUUAUACAAUUACUUGUCGGUUUUCCGUGAAAAAUUAUGGGACCUAACAAUUUUACAUUCAUUAAUUUCUGACGCUGACAAACAGGAUUGCGUAUUUCGAAAACCACCGCAAGGUUACAGACGCAUUAUACUCUCUACAAAUAUUGCCGAAAGCAGCAUUACGAUGCCAGAUGUAAAAUAUGUGAUAGACUUUUGUCUCGUAAAACUGCUGACAUUUAAUCCUGCAACUCAUUAUCAAAGUUUGCAACUUUGUUGGGCGAGUAAAACAAAUUGUACUCAACGAGCUGGUCGCACGGGUCGUGUAAUGGAUGGCAGAGUGUACAGAUUAGUACCAAAAGCAUUUUAUGAUAAUAAUUUACGAGAACACAAUGUGCCAGAAAUGUGCCGUGCCCCACUCGCCAAUGUCAUUCUCCGCGCAAAACUAUUUGAUUUCGACAAGCCACACGUCUUUAUUUCGCAUCUCCUCGAUCCACCUACUUUUGACAAUUUGGCAGAUAUAAUGUUGAAUUUAAAAGAGAUUGGAGCUUUGGUAGACGAUGUUUGUUAUCGACCGUUUGAUGGAAAGUUAACCAAUCUUGGCAAUAUAAUGGCACAUUUUUCGCUCGACAUUCGAAUUGUAAAAUUGAUUGUGUUGGGCCAUGUCUAUGGGGUUUUGCGAGACGCUAUUAUUUUGGGGGCCAGCAUGACCGUUAAAGAUGUUUUUUAUACGGAGCAAUGCCAUCCUACCGUUUCCUCUUAUACGACGCAAAAAAAAUGGUCGGAAAAUUCCAACAGCGACUGCAUUGCCACUUUAAAUAUUUACAAAGUGUGGAAAGACGAAAAGAGUAAUAAUCGAAUAAACACUCGUGAGGCUGAGAAACAAUGGGGCCGGGAAAAUGGACUUGAGAUAGAAGCCUUGCGUGAAUUGGAUGCUCUGGUGAACGAAAUCACUAUGAGAAUGACGGAAUUGGGCAUUGAAGAAAUUGCGGGAGUUGAUAAAGUCAAUUGGCCAGAUGCAGAUCGUAAUUUCGUUCUUCGAAUAAUACUUGCUGGAGCUUUCUAUCCUCAUUAUUUUGUCAACCGUUUGCAAGACGAACCAACAUAUAAAAAGGAUAUUUCAAAAACUUUAAAUAAUGAAGAUCCAAUGAAGACGAUUUAUUUAAGAGGUUGGCCACUCAAACAACCGGGAUAUAUAUACGCUGGAAAAUUGCAAGAGAUUUUUUCCAAAUAUCUGAAAAUUCCAAAAAAUCGAGUAACAAUAUUGUUCAACACGUCGUAUAUUUACGUGCAAUUUCGCGAUAAAGAAACGGCCAUUGACGAUAGUCUUCAAAAUAUAAUAGAAUAUGUUUAUCAGGCUAUCAUGAUGAAACGUUGCAAUAUCCCGAUUGAAAUAAAGUUGUUGAAUGCAGAAGAAGCAAAUGAGAGGGCAAAACAUUACAAUGCCCAUAUAUUCGAAAGGAAUUUAAUCUUUCGUAGAAACAUGAGGAUGAUUGAGAGCAACGUUUCUGAACGCAGACCAAUAUUGCCAGGACUCGAUGUAACAUUGAUACCUUUAUUUAUACAAACUAUUGUUAGUCCUGGACAUUUCUGGGCAACCCUUGACGACGAUGCCACUCGUAACAAUUUGCGAAAAAUAAGAAAUUAUUUCAACAAUUAUUCUUUGAAAAAAUUCCUCUCAAAUCCACAAUUGUCAAACGUAAUCGCUGCCCCUAUAAAAAUGGGUAAAUUUUUCACUUGGCAUCGUGCCAGAAUUACAAAUUUCGUCUCAGAAGAUGAAAAAAUGGUCGACGUUUUCUUGAUUGAUCACGGUCGUUUUUCUAGAGUAGAAUUAAGUGAACUAAGAGAAAUUAAUGAUUCUACAAUCUUAAAUAUUCCUCCUUUGGCAUUUUCGUGCAAUUUGGCUUUUGUGCGACCUUUUAAACAAUAUAAUGUUCACCAAUGGUCGAAAAGAUCGAGAAAUUAUUUUGCGACACAAAUCAAGGAAAACGAAAAAAUAUUUGGAGAAAUUUAUUCGGUUGUUGACAGCGUUGUCAACCUGAAAUUGAUUGUGGUUAAUAAGAAAGGAGAAAGAUUUAAUGUUAAUCAGGGUUUGAUUGAAGAAGGAUAUGCUGUAGAGAGGGAAGAAACCUAUUUUUCAAAGUGUAAUCAUGAAUUAAGAAUAGAUUCAUAUCUGAUUAACAAUAUGUCGACAGAGCAAAAAAAAUUUUACGAAGAACAACAAUAUGACAAAUAUAGUUUGUUAAAAUAUCCCGAACCACCUAGAGAAGAGGAUUGCAAUUCUAGCGUAAAACUCCAAGGUCCAUAUUCUCCUUUAGAAAUGGAGUUGAUCCAGUUGACGUUGGGUGAAAAAUCGCGAAAGACAAAUGUGGAAAAGAAUUCCGUCAAUGCUGUCCUUUUAGAUAACGAUCUCAAUCAAUCGAGACGUCUUUUGAUCGCUCGGAACGUUAAUAAAACUAAUCAAGAUUGUGUAACGUUGACAAAUACGACUCUUCUGCCGAAUAUUCCUGGACUUGCGGCAUUGCUCGCAUUAAUUUUUGCACCGUGUGUGGAAUUGAGAUGCAAUUCUCGCAAAACUUAUUAUACCGGAGCUUUAUGCGGUUUGGGCCCGAUAGGUGUUGGCAGCAACCAAGCUACAUUUCCCAAUCACGAUAUGGAAAUUACAUUUGACGUAGAUAUCACGAUGGAUGAUGUGACGGAGAUAAAUAAAUUGCGUUACUGGAUGAAUAUCGGGAUGGAAAGCAAUUCUACCGAAGAAAAUAUUGUAAUGUGUCAAAAUGAAUUGAAGAACAUUUUGCUGAAUGUGAGAGACAAACACAGACAAUUACGAGAUUCAAAAAAUGACGAACUUGAUCCUCACAGGAAUAAGUGGAAUUACUAUAACAAAUUACAUAUUUUGCCAUCAAUUCAAAAUUCUGAAACAAAAUACGACGUAUAUCCAUU